UCUGAAAUAUUCGCCUGACGCAGCAGAGUUGGGUAUCCACCGUGAGAUCCCCACUGAUAGCCCAGAAGCCAAGAGAAGUAAUCAAAUUCAUAUUAGGUUGAUUAGAAAGCGCCAGGUGUUGGGAGAGGCGUGUAGGAAAUUCCCGAUAGGAGCUUGAUGGGUGACUCAGAGAAAUUUGCGUCUUCCGCGGAGUUAGGGCUCUAGCUUGCAUAACACCACGAUAAGAUCAGAGACAAUCAGUGUGCGGAGUUCCUUAUCGGAGAGGACUUAAGGUUUUUUUGUGGGAUAUAAAAGCGCCAGAACUUCGGAGAAAUCCAGAAGAUCUCUUAUUUUUCUUGCGAAACAAUGAAGUUUUUUGUGAUUUUGUGUCUCGCUGUGGUGGCCCUUGGUGCUGAUUUCGAAGCACCCCAGACCAUUCCGGAGGAUAUUAUUGUGGAUGCCGUACAACCAGAGGUUCCGGAAGUGAUUGCAACAACAAUAAACUGGGACCAUGUACUUCCAGUGUGGAAUGCUCCGACUUUCUUCGAUUGGUUCCCCAUUCUCAGGCGUAUCCUCACGCGGGAUCGUGAUUCCGAGUGGAAUGGAUACAUUUUGGGUGGAAGUAUUGCUCAGCCGGGACAAUUCCCUGAAACUGUAGCGCUCCUGUUUCAUCUGCCCAUGGCUCAUGCCUUCUGCGGCGGGACUCUGCUGUCUGACAAGUGGGUGCUGACUUCUGCUCACUGUGGAGGACUCUCAAAUACGGGAAUUGCAAUCCUCGGGGCGCAUGAAGUGCAGAAUAACAUGGAAUUCGGACAGGUGAGGAUGACCUUCCAGAACAUUGUGAGGCAUCCACACUUUAAUCCCACCAGCUUCGCGAAUGACAUCUCCCUGGUUGAAUUGGAUCAUCCAGUGGGCUUCACAUGGCGUGUGGCACCUGCUCGUCUGCCCACUGUUCGAAAUGCAAAUUCCAAUUGGUUCAACCAACGAACCUUGGUCAGUGGAUGGGGCAGCAGGAAAGACACCAUUUCCACGCAGCAUCGCUACAUUCGCGCCCAGGUGCUCCCACGCCUCACGUGCACCGUCAGCUACCCCGGAAUGUUCCACCAGACCUCCCUGUGCACACCCGGAAACGAACGAUCUCCCUGCCAAGGGGAUUCCGGAGCUGGGCUCUCAAUCAUCGAAGCUGACGGUGCAAAGACAACAAUUGGCGUUCUCUCCUUCGGCAGUGGACUGGGAUGCUUCUCAGGCAGACCAGCAGUCUACACCAAUGUUGCCCCCUACCUCAUGUGGAUCAGGGACGUGGCAAAUAUCACAAUUCGCGAAAAUUUCUAAACAAACCUCCUCCGCGCAGGAAGUAAACAAACUCGCCGGGAAGUUCAUUUAACCCAAAAUUAACACGAAAAAUCAUCAACUCACCAUCUCCUGGAGUUUGCUGAACAAUUCCACAUUCCUCUCGCACAUUUUGCAGUGAAAUAAAUAAAGUUUUAGCACGAAAAAAA